AUGGAUUUGAAAGUAAUCAUUUAAAACUGUGUUUUAAUUACUUAAGGUAAUUUUUUUAUGGUUGUUCAAAUUGAUGAAUUAUAAUAUGCAUCAAAAGAAAAGAAAACUUAAAAGUUUAGAAGUGAAGUGCAAUUUACAAAUGCUCAUCCAUAAUUUAGAAAGAAUGUUUUUUAAUUCACAAAUCUAUCUUAUGGAGAUAGAGUCACUCUUAAACUUGGUUGUUUUAAUACUAGAUUGACUUCUGAACCAUAGGAAUAGCGAAAAUUACUUGAACAUUCAAUUCUUUUUGGAUCUAUGUAAUUAGUCCUUACAGUGAAAUUAUUAGAAGUACUUCGAAUAGAAGGUUAAUUGUAACAUGAAUCUCUUCUUUAUGAUCCAGAAGAUCAAAGGAAAGAGAAGGGGAGAAUAUCAAUCUUACUUAGACAUUAAUCUCAUGAUCUUAAAGCUUAAGUAGAAGACGAUGUUGAAAGAAUUGAAGAAAUAUAUUAUGAUCCAUUUGAGAAGGAUCAAGAAAUCAUUAGAAGGAAAUUAUAAAGAGUUGAAUUAAAAUUGACAAGUUUGAAUUUAUCUAUGGAACCUAUAUAAAAGAAACUUAAUUUCUUGAGAACGGCUCAUAAAUAAAUAUCCUUUGAUUUAGCUACUUUGAGAUAACAAAAAGAUUAAAUUGAAGAAGAAAAUAAUUAUUUCUAAAAAAUUGUUAAUUAAAAAAAUGAUGUGAAAGAACUACAUAUUUAAAUAGAUUUAUUAUGUAAUACAGAUUAUGGAUAAGAUAUUUUAAAGAAAAAGUUAGUUUUAUUAAUGAAUAAAUUAGAAUUUGAAAGAAGAAUAUAUCAUGAAUUAUCUAAUCAUUAUUAUUAAAUAGAAAAUGCUCACUCUCAAGCCAAAGGUAAAACUUCAGAAUUAUAAACACUUAAAGAUACUAUUUAAGAAUAAGAUUUUCUUAUAAAAAGAUUAGAAGAUUAAAGACCAAUUCUUACUAAUUUGAAAGAGACUAUGGAAAAUUAAGAACAUAUUAUUUUAAGUCUAUAAGAAACUAUUAAAGAAACAUCUAGAAAUUUGACUAGGUUAGAUAAAUAACAAUUAUUUUACAAUUUAGAUAAGUUAAAAGCUGAUCAACAAUUAUUAAAAUAGAAAUAAGUUUAAUUGUAACAUAUUUCAGAGAUGAACAAAGGAGAAAUUCCUAGAUCUUUUUUUGAACAAUUCAAAAAUGAUGAAUUUUUUAGAGAUAAUCCAAUAAUUGUGAAUAAAUUUCAAAAGAGAGCAGAAAUGUUAUUGAAAGAAAUUGAAUUGUUAUAAGAAGGAUUAGCAGAAACUAGAUAAGCACCAAUUUAAUAAUAAUCAUAUAGACCAAAAUCAUAAGGUACUUCAGAUAAUGUAAUUCUUUAACUGGAAAUAUAAUAAGCAGAGAAUAAGGCAGAAAUAUUAGAAGAAUAAAUGUUAGCUGUAGCAAGAAAUUAUGCUAAAUAGAUUGCAGAUUUAAAAGCAUAAUUAAAUAUAAUUGAAGCAUAAUUACGAUGA